UCACAACUACUAAUUGAACUCUAAACCGAAGCUCUUAUUAUUUCCUCCAUCUACUCUCUCGCCCUCUCUCUCCAAUUUCACUAUCGCCAUAACUCUAGGGUUCAUUUGUUCGUCAUCAUCCUUAACAAACCAGAUUUCGAAUUUCUUUUCGUUCAGAUCUGGUUUUCGAGCGAGCAAUCAUGUUCACACACUGACAUAAUUGUAAUGCUUAACUAAUUUGCUUCUUCUUUCACUGUAAAUUUUUUGAGAGACGGUGGUCGUCCUCAAAAAAUGGUGAUCUAUGGACCUUUAAGCCCUGGUCAGGUGUCAUUUAUCCUUGGGAUUAUUCCUAUAUUUUCUGCUUGGAUAUAUUCAGAGUUUUUGGAGUACAAGAAAAACUCAGUCCCAUCCAAAUUGCACUCCAAUAUCAAAUUAGUUGAGUUGGGAAAUGGAACAGUUAAGGAAGAUGAUAAAGCUGUUUUAUUGGAAGGGGGAGGUCUCCAGUCAGUGUCUCCUAGAGUUCGGAGUUCAAAUAUGACAUCUCAGAUUGUCAGAUUUUUGCUGAUGGAUGAGUCUUUCUUGCUUGAAAACCGAUUGACACUGAGAGCCAUAUCAGAAUUUGGUGCGCUUUUGAUUUACUUUUACUUAUGUGACCGUACAAAUCUCAUCGGCGAAUCAAAGAAGAGUUACAGUCGCGAUCUUUUCAUAUUUCUCUACUUCCUUCUCAUCAUAGUUUCGGCAAUUACUUCUUUCAAGAUCCAUCACGAUAAGUCAACAUUCUCAGGGAAAUCAAUACUCUAUCUAAACAGGCAUCAGACUGAGGAGUGGAGAGGUUGGAUGCAGGUAUUAUUUUUAAUGUACCAUUACUUUGCUGCAACAGAAAUUUAUAAUGCAAUACGAAUUUUUAUUGCUGCCUAUGUGUGGAUGACUGGAUUUGGGAACUUCUCAUAUUAUUAUAUUCGCAAAGAUUUCAGCCUUGCUAGGUUUGCUCAGAUGAUGUGGCGGCUUAACUUUUUAGUGUUAUUUUGCUGCAUCGUUCUUAACAACAGUUACAUGCUAUACUACAUAUGCCCCAUGCACACUCUUUUUACUCUAAUGGUCUAUGGGGCACUUGGUAUUUUUAACAAAUAUAAUGAGAUUGGGAGUGUCAUGGCUGCAAAAAUCAUUGCCUGCUUUUUAGUGGUCAUUCUGAUGUGGGAAGUACCUGGAGUUUUUGACCUGGUUUGGGGACCGUUUAUUUUCCUUCUUGGAUAUAGUGACCCAGAUCCUUCAAAACCAAAAUUUCCCGUCUUGCAUGAGUGGCAAUUCCGCUCAGGACUUGAUCGAUACAUAUGGAUAAUUGGAAUGAUAUAUGCUUACUUUCACCCAACGGUUGAGAGGUGGAUGGAGAAACUGGAGGAAGCAGAAAUGAAACGUAGGAUUUUAAUCAAGACAACUGCUGUGAUUAUUUCCUUGACGAUGGGAUAUUUGUGGUUUGAGUAUGUAUACAAACUUCCCAAGGUUACAUACAACAAGUACCAUCCUUACACGUCAUGGAUCCCCAUAACUGUCUACAUAUGCUUGCGAAAUGUCACCCAGCACUUCCGUAGCUACUCCUUGACCCUAUUUGCAUGGCUUGGAAAGAUCACAUUGGAGACCUACAUCUCACAGAUCCAUAUAUGGUUGAGAUCAGGGGUGCCCGAUGGUCAGCCUAAAUUGUUGCUUUCUUUGAUCCCAGACUACCCUAUGUUGAACUUCAUGCUCACCACUUCCAUAUAUAUUGCUGUUUCCUACAGGCUCUUUGAUUUGACGAGUAGGUUGAAAACAGCGUUCGUGCCAAGUAAAGACGAUAAACGGCUGAUGCACAACAUAAUCACAGUGGUAGCAAUCUUGAGUGUUUUGUACACUUUGUCUUUUAUACUCUUAAAGAUCCCACAGGUGCUGGGGUGAUAUUUCGGAAAUGUAUAGCAAUGGAAAAUCGAAUUUUGUCCUCGAGAUGUCCACUUUAAACGUGUAUGAAGCACGGAGGCUCUUACCACAGCGCGGUGCAAAUGGUAUAGAAAUGGCGGUUUGCCAUUAUAGGUAUUAAUUUUGGGCACAAAUUUUUGUAUAGAAGAAGGUGGCUGAUGAACUUUAACCUCUGAGUGCAAGGUUUGUACCAUGUGUUGUCAUUAUUUUUGUACGACUAAAGCGAGUAAAAGAUUCAACCUCUAAUUGAGGUACUAUCAUGUUUUGCGAUAUUUUUUUAUUUAUUUUUAUUUUUAUUUUUAUUUUA